UUUUAUAAACACAGAUAUAAGUAAAGCACAAUAUAUAAGAGAUAGAACAGAGCAGUUACCUUAUCAGUACUUCUGCAUAUUUAAACGGCUUAAAUCUUAGUUUGUUAUCGGUAUUCGUUUCUCAACUUAACAACAAUCUGAGACCAGAAGAAAUUUAUUCAUCUUCAAUUUUUUGAAAGAAUGAGGAGCAGUUAUAACAUGAGGGAACGACUUCUUAUCUUCGUGUUAUUCGUAUGGACGGGAAAAAGCGAUAGCACAAUAUCAGCUCCAGUGCAACCGCCAAUUGAAGUUCCAUUGAAAGAACUCUCAGCUCAAGGAACAAACUUUGCAGCAAGCGAAAGCAAUGGCAAAAAUGGGAGACAGAGCGACGCCGAUACGGGCCAUUAUUUCCGAGUAGUGUCAGACAUGCACAAUCAGUCUCUUGUCUCAGGAGGAAAAGCUCAAUUCCGAUGCAAAGUCGAAGGGUACCCUAUGGACGACGUCACAUUUACAUGGUACAAGGGUAAUACUGUCAUUGACCCCUCAGACGACCCAAGAAUUUCAAUCCGUCAGAAAUCUGGAAUAUCACGUCUCCAAAUAAGCGAUGUUUUCACUGCUGACUCUGGUCUCUACAGAUGCGAAUCAUCUAACGGAUUCAGGAGAGUCGCAACUCAAGCUCAUUUGUCCGUCAGCUUCAUCAGACCACCACCACCUGGCAAAGACGAGACAAUCGAACCAAUUAUUCCUGCUGGUAAAUGCGAACCAUAUCAAGGACUUGCAUGCGCUACUUUCCUUGCUGGAAGACACGUUUAUAUUGACCCGUACCAGAAUCAAAUGGAUAUGGAGAAAUCAAUGUCUUUGGCACUGAGUAGAAUAGCCGAUCCUGAUCUCGUAUCCCAGACGUGCCAACGACAUGCUAUACCUGCUCUUUGUUAUUUUGUCUUCCCUGUUUGCGAUAACGGAGAUGAAGUUUUGAGAGCGAUCAGGGGGAAACAAACUGCAGAGGAAAAAGCGACCAAACUCUGCCGAGAAGAUUGUGAAUUGCUUAUGAAUGACGUCUGUAAAAAUGAAUUUAAAAACCCCGACGACGAUGUUUUCAUGGAGCAAAUCGCGGCCACAGCAAACUGCUCCCAACUCCCACCGACCACAGCAAGAGGUUCUGAAUGCAUGAAAGUCGGACUGAAAUCAGUUGUUGAAAAGCAACACACAUGCUACAACGGUACCGGUUAUGAAUACAAAGGAGUCCAACGGAAAACAAUUUCUGGAAUCACCUGUAAAUCUUGGCCUUUGGAUUUAGUGCAAAAGCAUACCGAACUCUCUGGAGGACACAACUUCUGCAGAAAUCCUGGGCACCUUGAACAACAGCCCUGGUGUUUCAUUGACGAAGCCAGAAAAACAAGAGAACUAUGCGAUAUCAGUAAAUGCGCUAUCCCAUCGUCUGGUUCUGAACUCAUCACUAUACUCAUCCCAAGCGUCGCCAUCCCGUUGUUGAUCGCCUGCAUUGGCGCUGUUUUCUAUUUCUGUUGUCGUAACAAAAGGUCAAAGGGCAUCCCAGGAAAGCAAGUUAAAAAUUCUUCGAUGCCAGGAGUCGAACUCUCACUUGCAACUACAAAAAAUUUGACUAAAGUUCCUCACCUAAACCCGCAAUCUCUACACUUUACGAUGGAUCUCGGAGACGGACAAUUUGGAAAAGUCUACAAAGCUCAGCUCGCACAAAACAUGAACUUCAACUCAAACUUUCCAGUUGCUGUGAAAACUCUCAACGAAGGAGCUUCAAAAUACCAAGUCGAAGAGUUUCAAAGAGAAAUGGAAAUUUUUUCGGAAUUACAACAUCCUAACGUUGCAUGUUUAAAGGCGGUAGUCGUUCAGCCAAAUCGUCGUUGCAUGGUGUUUGAAUAUACCAACAGGGUCGACCUUCAUGAAUUUCUCAGCCUCCAUUCACCACACUCUGACGUCGGAGUUUCUACCAAGAUGUCAAGCAGUGCCAGCAGUCAGGCAUCGAGUUCACUCGAACCGAAUGAUUUCAUUAUGAUGAUGUCCCAGAUUGCUUCUGGAAUGGAUUACCUUGCUUCUCGAAAUUUCGUGCAUCGCGACUUAUCAGCCAGGAAUAUUUUGGUCUGCCAGAACAACAUUCUUAAAAUCUGCAACCUUGGUGUCGUCAGAGAUUGUUACCUAUCAAGUUACUACAGAUCACCACAAGGAGGAAAUAUGCUUCCAAUCAGGUGGAUGGCCCCAGAAUCACUCACUAACAACAACUUUUCAACCAAGAGUACUGUCUGGUCUUUUGGAGUCCUAGUUUGGGAAAUGUUCAGCUACGGUCUUCAACCAUAUUGUGGAUACAGCAAUCAAGAAGUUUUGGAUAUGAUUACCAGAUUCCAGCUUCUUUCCUGUCCAGAUCAGUGUCCCGCUCGUGUUUACACACUCAUGCACGAAUGUUGGGCUCAGGAUCCUAACUGCCGACCAUCUUUCAAGGACAUCCAUGCCAAAUUGUGCGGAUGGGAAGGAGCAAAUGCGACCAGAAUGACUUCACAACUUGCACGUGGAAUUCAUAGGCAACUAACCAACAUUAUGAAAGAAGGACAAUACGGACAGUAUUCAAGCAUGGAAACUGCCAGCAUUCCAAGCUACAACACUCCUUCGCCUCCACCAACAUAUAAUGCAGUUACCGGGUUUGCAAAUAUCUCUCAACAGUAUUCACAGCCAGCAGCUCCAAAUGUAAGUCCCGCCUCUCAAAACGUAUUCAGUCAAUCAUCGCCUGCUACAAGUACUUCCGCGCCAGUGUAUCAGGGACAAGGACUGGUAGUCGAUCUGCAGGGAUCCCAAGACCCAACACAACUCUCACAUAGCUUCACUCCGGCAGGUUUUAUGAACAACGAGAGCCAGAACUUCCAGCCUAGAUAUUACGCCGAUCAACCCCAAUACGGAAAUUCAAGAAGGCCUACACAGAGCAGUCGGAGUACUAGCAGCUGUGCAUCCUCUUGCAGCGAAUAUGGGCCAAUGACCAGAUCUAACCCCGCCGCAUUGAUGGUAUAUAAUCAGCCACAGCAACAGUCAUUUCAAUACGGCGUGCCACAACCACAACAAAAGUUUUAUGGCGGCAUAGACUACCCAGUGACGUCACAAGCAUACCAGCCACAACCUGGUUACAUGCAACAGCACAGGCGUCCUCUCAGUGGAGUUAUCGAAGACGAUAAUGGAGUCGACAAUCUCAACCAUAGUCGUCUCCAACCCCCAUCUGCUGCAGUCGCUCCUUAUUCAGUUUCUGGAACCAACAGCGAUGGCGACAACUCUGUAUUCUCGGCACAACGAAGUGUAAAUAUGAAUACAUCUGCAGUUACAGACUCGAGUCGCAUUAGCGACAUAAAAUCGAAUAAUAAUGAUGUCAAACCGACUGUGUCAUCAACAAAGAUCCAAAAUGAAGAAACUGAGUCUUCGACUUCGUCAACGAGCGCUGCAGCACCAUCUUGCGACUCUGGAUUACCCGUCGAUGAGGAAUCUGAUCUUAUUGUGUCAAAUGCCAAUCAUUCAACUAAUAUAACGUCCCCACUGAUUGCGCCUAAACCUUAUACACCUAAAAAUCAAAGCGCCAGAUCUACACCGAACAAGGGCAAAUCGGAUCGUAAUUUUAUAGCUUGAUUUUAUGGAAUGUAGAUCAAACAAGUGGGGUCAAAGUUCGUGUGACACGGGUGGAUCAGAAACUGCCGAUAGCCAUGGUAACAAGGAGCCAUUGAGGCGGAACUUCAUGAACAAGGUAGCAAUAGGAGCUUGCUUGGUGGCGAACGCAAGGGGAUAGACAUUUUCGCCAUCGGUAUAAACUCCAUUUUCUAAAUAUCAAUUAAUGCGAAUCGAUGAUAUUUAUUGAAAAAAUACUAUUUUACAUCCCAUAAAUGUUUUAUUACAAAUUUUACUUCAUUCUAAGUUGUCUAUAUCAACUAUUUGCCUAUCUUGAGUUGUAAAUGAGUUUGAAUAAAUAACGUUUCUGGUUUCAAUAUUGAUGUCUUUUAACUUUUUCAAUAUGAUACACCGUCAAUUUUAUCAGCUUUACAAUUCUUUCAGAUUAUUA